AUGUCUACUUCGUUUUCAGUGCGGCCCUCGCUCUUUACCGCGGUCCGCGGCAUUUCAAUUGAAUGGAUUCUACAGCCAUUGGCUCGCCAGUCUGGCGUGAAACGAAAGGCUUCAGUUCGCAUUGCUGAGCAGGGCUGGCAAGUUAUGUACUACAGCUUUGUCUGGGCGACGGGAUUGUACCUCUGGAAGAACUCAAACUACUGGUUCGAUUUCAGCGCAAUCUGGGAUGAAUGGCCAGCUCGUCCCAUGUCCGGUCUGAUGAAGUGGUAUCUGCUUGUCGAAUUGGCCUUCCUCAUUCAGUCCAUCUUCAUCAUUCAUGUCGAGGAGAGACGGAAGGACCACUACCAAAUGUUCGCCCACCACGUCAUCACCAGCACCCUCCUCACCUCCGCCUAUAUCUACGGUUUUUACAAUGUGUCCAACGUGCGGUCCAUUUUACUGACAACUACCCCACAGUCUGCCAAAAUCCUCAAGUACCUCCACUACCAGAACGCCUGCAAUGUCGGAUUCGGCAUUUUCAUGUCGACCUGGUUCAUCACACGGCAUGUUCUGUAUAAUAUGCUUUGCUGGAACAUCUACAAGAACGUCCCCGCCAGAAUGGCCUUCGGAACCUACCAGUACGGCGAAAUGACCAGCACCAACCCCUACCCAGACGCCUUCAUGUACCUCUUCGCACCAUUCUUCAACCUCGAGAACCCCGUCUGCAUGAACCCCACCAUCAAGUUCAUCUUCUUAGCCUUCCUCGUCUCCAUCCAACUUCUCUCCGUCGUCUGGUUCACCAUGAUCGUCCGCGUCGCCUACACAACCAUCACCACAGGCGCCGCAGAAGACAGCCGCAGCGACGAGGAAGACGAGGCCGAAGUCGACCCCGAAGCUACUGCGAACGGCACCGUGCGGCUGGCCGCGAAGGAUGGCGUUAACCCUACCCCCGUCGCAGUCGACACUGCCCCCGGCUUGGACCGUCGCCGGUCGAAUGGGUCCACGUCGGUUCGGGCCCGGGGUCGUGGCCGUGUUCCUUUCGACCAGAGUGAUCGCAAAGCUCUCCUUGGACGAAUCGGAUGCGAGAAGCCUACCUAG